UAUUUCAAACUCAGACCACAGCACAAAACUUACGACUAGACAAGAAUAUUCAACAGACUUCGCGUCGCAGCCUCCCAGGAACUUCUAUAUUCAUGUUAUUCACAUCAUUCUGGCCACUGGGAAAGAUCCUUUACAUUUGAUAUUUCUUCUAUAGAAUUUAUAUCCCUGAUAAUCAUAACCAUAUCUUUCAUUCAACUACAGCCAUGAUGAGAAAAGUUUCUCACAAGAUGUUUGAUCACCAGCAACUCUGUCGUGCCAGAACCCCUAUACUAUCUGCCAUAGCAUUCACUGCUACAAUCUUUUUUGUCUAUGCAAACGGUAUCAUUUCUACCAUUUCCUUACAAUCAUCUUCUGUUAGCACCAAAGAAAGACAAAUCAUGUCGACUGUCAUUAAGCAACCACUUCAUUCUAUGCAAGAAGAGAUUAAGGAAGUUGAUCGUAGUGAACAUCAGAGUUCUGGAAUUCCUCCCUUUAACCUCACAGUAGAGGAAAGAAUCGAAUGGUUUCGGAAGAAGGUGCCGGAGUUUGAGAUUUUGAAGGCAAACAACCUGACCAAGGAAUUUCUCGGUCGAGUUCUUGAGUUUUUUAACAAUGAGUGCGAUGUUCAAUUCUUCAUGACAUGGAUUUCGACGGUAGAAUCCUUUGGAAGAAGGGAGUUCCUGGCCCUGGAAAGUUUGUUCAAAGUCCACCCUCAUGGUUGCUUAUUGAUUCUAUCAAGAGACCUGGAUUCCAUACAAGGGUAUAGGAUUCUGAAACCACUUCUUGACCGCAAGUUCAAAGUUGCUGCAAUCACACCUGACUUGUCCUUUUUGUUCAAGAACACCCCAGCAGAAACUUGGUUUGAGGAGAUAAAGAGUGGGAACAAAGACCCUGGUGAAAUUCCUUUGGCUCAGAAUCUAUCAAACCUCAUUAGACUUGCAGUCUUGUACAAGUUUGGAGGGAUUUACUUGGAUACAGAUUUCAUUGUCCUGAAAAGUUUUGCUGACUUGAGGAACGCAAUUGGAGCACAAAGCAUUGAUGUGUCCAAGAGUUGGACCAGAUUGAACAAUGCGGUUCUAGUCUUCGAUAUGAACCAUCCACUUCUACUCAAGUUCAUAGAGGAAUUUGCUUCUACUUUUGAUGGAAACAAAUGGGGGCAUAAUGGGCCCUAUUUGGUUUCCAGAGUAGUGCAGAAAGUGGCUGGAAGACCUGGGUAUAACUUUACAGUCUUGCCUCCUAUGGCAUUCUAUCCAGUUGGCUGGAACAGGAUAGGUGGUUUUUUCAAGAAACCAGAAAACAAAGUAGAAUCAAGAUGGGUAAAUGCCAAGCUACUUCAGCUAAGUGGGGAGACAUAUGGGAUACACUUAUGGAACAGGCAGAGCAGUAAAUUCAGGAUUGAAGAAGGAAGUGUCAUGGGUAGAUUGAUAUCAGAUCACUGUGUCAUUUGCGAAUACAAAUACAGUUCUUGAAGAAAAUCUAUGAACAGAAAUGUGUCGAGUAUGGCUGCACAGGUACAGAGUCAUCAGACGCAGAAUCAACAGGAUCCUCCAGUUGAUUAGAAGACGAGCACACUCGUUGGAGCGUUUUACUUGUUUUAUAUGUUGAUUCCAUUUAUCUCCCUUUUAAUUAUCUUUCCUUAUUUUCUUGUUCCAACGUAAAUAAUAUAAAAACAAAUCUCUUACAACAAAGUUGUAAGAUCAUUCUUUCUUC